AUGCCACCGGUCAUCAAACCGGAUCUGGUUCGGGCUUUGGCUGAGGGAUUCAAGAAAGAGCCACGCUUGCGUGAGGCUGCUUGGCUGUAUGUUCCGAGCGCUCCUUCACACUUCAUUGGUGUCCUUGGCCUGCUGUUCCCACCCGAGGUUGGCAUGAGCUUUUUGGUCAACCACAGUGGCAAGCUAUACAGCAAGAGACCAAAAUUGAAGGAUAUCGCUGUGAACGAGAGCUGUGUAUGCUGUAAUGGCUUCAACACCGGGUCGACAGCACCAGAGCGCUGGCAGUUCAUCGAGGCUUCAGAUAAGAGCUUUGAGGAGGCCAAUAAGGCCUGGAUGACGUCAUUCGAGCGUGCUAGCUACCUGGACCGAGACUUUGUGGAGCUCUUCGCCGGCAAAGGAGAGGUCAGCAAGGCUCUCCGGCAGGCGAACCUCAGAGGAUGUGCCAUCGACUGGGAUAUGGAUCGCUCCACCAUGGAAACCUUCGUGCCGGAUGCACCCACCCAAGCGUCUCCGCGGAUGAAUAUGAGGCUUUCGGAUACCGAAAUUUUCACGGAGCAGUGCGUGCUCUGGAGCAACAUGGGAAGGCCUAAGAAGGUUGACCCGUCAGCAAAAGAAGUUGACAGCGUGUUUGCUCAGCUUCGAGCGAAGGGGCUGUUUCAGGAUACCCGAACAGGUGACGACGAUAAGGUUCCCGUGAACAAACGAAAGACUACCAAGCAACCCCCGAGCGAAGCUGAUCUCGACUCCAAGCCCGCAGCAAUCUCCAAGUCCACGCCUUCGCAGCCGUCAAAGCCUGAUCGGAAGGCCAAGGCUAAGGAACCGGAGCUCGAGGAAGUUGCCCCAACCCAAGUCGAUGCACCAGCUGAGGAACCCAAGCCCCCAAAGCGAGGCAAGAGGCAGGCCAAGCAACAGGAACCCGAGGAAGAGGAAGCCCCAAAGCAACCCAAGGCGAAGGCUACGCAACCCAAGGCUAAAGGGAAAGCAAAGGCCAAGGGUAAGGCUGCAGCAACUGAGGAAACCUCUGAGCCACCUGAGCCCAGCGAGCCUAGCGACUCCACAGCCCCUUUGAACAAGAAACCCCGAAAGACCGAAGGUGAGGAUUGCACAUGGGAUAUCAAAAAGGCGGCUGCCAAAGCCAAGGAGAAGGACGAACCUCUCUACGAUCCCGAUCUUGAGGAGUACGUUACAUGGGGCAACUUCGAAAACAUUUGGGACAAGGUCCAAAAGGAGAGGCCAUGGGUCACAAAGGACGAACUUAUCGAGACAAUGACAGAGGGCCUGGGCCCGCCACCCGAGAACUGGCGGCCGUGUGCCGACGAGGCCCAUCCUGGGCCCGUGCUUGAGGAUCCUAGCUUGGAGGAAGAGUGCGAGGAAGAGGAGAAGGAGGAGGAUGAGGUCACCGAGAACUGUGAGGAUGCGGCUACAAAGCUCGAGGCCAAAGAGGCUAGGAUAGUCUACCUGCAGUCCAUUUGGUUGUCGUGCAAAACACUGGUUGAGGGAUCAAGGCAAGCCGAUGCACAGGCCUACUUAAAUCGCUCUCCGUCGGCGUUGGAUGUGGACAGUGUGUCCGACCUUUGGGACGGGAUGAGUGCAAGUGCUUCCCAGCUGGCGAUCCAGAGUGCCAGCCCCGACGUUCUUCGUGCAGCCCUGGGUGGUCUGCUGCAAAGGUACCAGAGUCUGAAGCCAGGCUCGACCCCAGCAGCCCCAGGCCAAGCAGUCAAGGGGAGCGGCAAGCCAUCCACUGCAAAGCCGGCUUCAGCAGCGGACACGAAAUCUGUCAAGGACAAGGCAAAACCCGAGGAGACAGGAGAUGACGAUGCAGAUGAUGAUGACCUCGAUGGUGAUCCUCUGGAGGAGGGUGAGGAGGAGAAGGACGACCAUAUGCCACAGGAAGGAGUGGAUGCUUUGUGGGAGAAGGAUGGAGGUUCUAUCCCGUGCCGACUUCCCCGAGCUCCACAAGCUCUGGGAUGGGUCAAUGGAAGCCCUUAG